AUGGAGGGAGAUUCAUUCACUUUACACACUGAUGUUACUGAUAUACAUAAAAAUGAUGACAUACUGUGGAAAUUUGGAACCAUAAACUGUGUCAUUGCUGAAAUGAACAGAGAAGCUGUCUCCACAUAUGAUGGUCCUGAUGAGAGAUUCAGAGACAGACUGAAGUUGGAUCAUCAGACUGGAUCUCUGAUCAUCACAAACAUCAGAACUCGACAUGCUGGACUCUAUCAAUUAGAAAUGAUUGGAGUGAAACUGUCAUCAAGGAAAUUCUGUGUUGCUGUCUAUGCUCGUCUGUCUGUUCCUGUCAUCAGCAGAAACUUUUCACAAUGUUCAUCAUCAUCAUCAUCUUCAUCAUCAUCAUCAUCUUCACCACAGCAGAAUUGUUCAUUGGUGUGUUCAGUGGUGAAUGUGGGUCAUGUGACUCUCUCCUGGUACAAAGGAAACAGUUUAUUGUCCAGCAUCAGUGUGUCUGAUCUCAGCAUCAGUCUCUCUCUACCUCUGGAGGUGGAAUAUCAGGAUAAAAACAGCUACAGCUGUGUGAUCGACAAUCCCAUCAGCAACCAGACCACACAUCUGGACAUCACUCAACUCUGUCACACAUGUUCAGUCCAUGUCCAUUGUUGUGGUUCUAUUGAAGUUGUGGUCUGA